AUGAAGCAGUCCUUCCGUUCUCUGGUGAUCAUCGCGGGCAUCUUCGGUAUCCUCAGCUUUGCGUUCCUGGCGGCAGCUAUCGGGAGCGACUAUUGGUACAUUAUUAAGGUGAACAGAACCAACCGGACCAAUACAAAGGUUUUGGAUUCCCAUUCCGGACUAUGGAUAACUUACGAAGGUGUGUAUGUAUUCCUAUGCAUGUGAAUUUUGUAAUAUGAAAUCAAUGCCUUGCUUAGAUGGAUGACUUUAUAGUAUAAGGUAGGCUAGGCCUAUUUGUUAUCCGACAUCUUUCCUGUAGCAAGACACUGUUUUAUUGUCACAAACUGAAUAAUCAUCCAUCUUUCCAGGUCAAAAGGUGUAUUCUUUCACAUUUAACUCCUCCAACUACUCUGAACCUGAGAUGCGCAUGUUGAGUGAGUUCCCUGUCCAUUAUCACCUUAAUAAAUAACCAUUGUAGAAUAAAACACUUUAGAGCUGUUGUUAUUUUGGGACAUUUUGAAUAGAUUCUGUUAUUGAUGAAGCCUCUAUCUGUGUGUCAAGUGUGCUCCUAUAGUUGGUGCUCCUAUAGCUGGAAUGUUGUGUCUGUGUUUCCCUAGACAUGCACAGUGCGAUCGUGGUCCUACUGCCUCUUAGCCUGGUCCUUAUACUGUUCGGAGGCAUCUGUGGAUUGAUCAGUUCCCUGGCCCGGAGUACCGUUCUCCUCACUGUCACCGCCUCCUAUCUCUUCCUCUGC